AUGCAGGAAGCACUUCGUCAGGCCAUUCUGAAGGUGCCCGGCAGGACGCACGGCAGGACGCGGCUGUUCCCGUGCACGGAGUGUGAGAAACGUUUCACCAGGAAAGACAUCCUCAAACUGCCCCAGAGGGCGCACAGCGGGGAGCGGCCUUUCCAACGGGCGGGGCGUGGGAAGAGCUUCACUCAGAAGGUGAAUCUCCUGGUACACCAGCGGUGCCACACGGGGGAGCGCCCGCUCACCGGCUGUCCGUGCGGGAAGAGCUUCGCCCAGAAGGCCACGCUCAACACGCGCCAGAAGAGCCACGUGCACGAGAGGCUCUUUGCAUGUGCUGAGUGCAAGGAGAGAUUUGCCUCCCCCAGGGAGCUCGAGAUGCGCCAGAGGAUCCACACCAGGGAGCGCUCAUACAUGCGCAGCCAGCGUGGGAAACGCUUCACGCAGCCGGGCAGCCUCCUGCACACCAGCGACUUCUCCACCAAGGGCAACCUCAAAGUGCACCAGCGGAUCCACACGGGGGAGCGGCCCAUCACGUGCACUGAGUGCGGGAAGAGCUUCACUGUCAAGGGGACGCUGCAAAAACACCAGAGAGUCCACACAAGGUGGAAGCAGCUCGUGUGUGCCAGCCCGAAUCUGGGAGGGCUUUCCCAGCCUGUACUCCAGCAAAACUCCCAGUGA